AUGGCGGAUUCCUAUGCCUGUAAAGGUGGAAGGAAAACUGCAGGCUCUAACAAACCCGCUGCCAGCAAAGAAAGCAGGACAGAGACGAGGAUAAACCCGCCGGCAGAGCUGCCCAAGCUCGGAAAUGCAACCAGUGACAAAACCGAAGGCAGGAAGAAAGGACGACCUAAGGCCGAGAACCAGGCGCUGAAAGACAUCCCCCUCCCCCUGAUGAACCAGUGGAAAGAUGAAUUCAAAGCCCACUCCAGGGUGAAAUGUCCCAAUUCAGGCUGCUGGCUGGAGUUCCCCAGCAUUUAUGGCUUGAAGUACCACUAUCAGCGCUGCCAAGGGGGUGCAAUCUCAGAGAAGCUGACUUAUUCGUGCUCGUACUGCGAAGCUGCCUUCACCUCCAAAACCCAGCUAGAAAAGCAUCGGCUCUGGAAUCACUUGGACCGGCCCGUGCCAACCAGCAAAGCAGAAAACAAAGUGCCGAAGGCCAUUGGGAAGAGCAGUGGCAAGAAAAGAGCUGCUGAGAGUUCAGCUUGCCCCACCAUCCAUCCCAAACAGGCAAAGACGGAAAAAGCCGUGGCCCAGGACCACACCGAGAAUGGCGAGUGCCUGGCGGAGAGCCGGGAGAGCAAGGAGUUUCAGAUCGCAGCAGCUGAGGCAAUGGCAGCCGCCACCCCCACGGCGAAGUCCUCGAGCGGCAAGGAUGCCGUGCAGCAGGGGGGCAGCCAGGCCUCGCUGCAGGAGGAAGACCCCGAGAGGAUGAAGCACAAGUCAGGAAGGAAACAGAAAACUCCUAAGAAAUUUACGGGGGAGCAGCCGUCCAUCUCGGGGACAUUUGGACUGAAAGGUCUUGUCAAAGCAGAGGACAAGGCGAAAGCCCAUCGAGCUAAGAAGUUGGAGGGGAGCACCAACAUGGAGGAGCUGAAAAAGAAACCUCCGGGAGCUGGUGUGAAGAAGGAAACGGCUGUGCACCCACCGGCAGUAAACCCCGAGGACCAGUGGCAGCGAGAGAUCAGCGAGAAGGGAGAAGUCGCCUGUCCAACCUGCAGCGUUAUAACCAGGAAAACUGUUGUGGGGCUCAAAAAACACAUGGACGUCUGCCAGAAACUGCAGGAUGCCUUGAAGUGUCAGCACUGCAAAAAGCAGUUCAAGUCCAAAGCUGGGCUGAAUUACCACACCAUGGCUGAACACGUCAGCAAGCCUGUUCCUGUGGAAACCGCUGGACUUGGUGAACAGGAGGAGCGGGAAAGGCUGAGGAAAGUGCUAAAGCAGAUGGGAAAACUGAAAUGCCCCAAUGAGGGCUGCGUGGCCAACUUCUCCAGCCUGAUGGGCUACCAGUACCACCAGAAGCGGUGUGGGAAGCAGCUCACCGAGGCUGACAAGCCUGUCUUCAGCUGUCCACACUGCAGCAAGAAGUACAAAUCCAAGGCCGGCCACGACUACCAUGUGCGGUCAGAACACACGGCCUCGGUGAGCCCCCCGGACGCCUCCGCAGCCCGAGGAGGGCCAUCCCCCCCCGGGGGUGACUGCAGAGCUGCAGAGCCUGCGGGCAGGACAGAGCCGGGCAGGGCCGGGCCGGGCAAGCCUCCGGAGGAGCCAGAGGUGAAGCUGGAGCCCAGCCCCAUAGAAGAUUUUGAAAGGACCCCGAGCGGCCGCAUCCGUCGGACAUCGGCUCAAGUAGCUGUCUUCCACCUUCAGGAGAUAGCAGAGGACGAGCUCGCCAAGGAUUGGACCAAGCGGAGGAUGAAGGAUGACCUGGUGCCUGAAACGAAGCGGCUCAAUUAUACCCGACCGGGGCUUCCAAAGCUCAAUCCGAGGCUGCUGGAGAACUGGAAGAAUGAAGUGAAGGAGAAGGGCCACAUCAACUGUCCCAACAACUGCUGUGAAGCCAUUUACUCCAGCGUCUCGGGGCUGAAAGCUCACCUGGCCAACUGCAACAAGGGGGAUCACUCCGUGGGCAAGUACCGCUGCCUCCUGUGCCAGAAGGAGUUCAGCUCCGAGAGCGGGGUCAAGUACCACAUCAUCAAGGCUCACUCGGAGAACUGGUUCCGAACCUCCGCAGAGGCCAGCCGGAAAAAGAAAAGCAGGGAACAGCUUUCUUCCAGCAAGGAGGAGAAAAAGAAAAGCACAAGCGGGAAGAAAAGGGGGAGAAAACCCAAGGAGAGGCCUCCAGAAAUGACCCCGAAGGGCAGAGAGAGCGUGGCAGCAAAGACUAAUCACAAGAAAACCCUCGAGCACUGGGAAGGCUCCCGAGGCAGCCCUGACGGGGACGAGCGCACCCCCAAGCCCCCGAGCCAGCGGAAGGGGGGAGCCAGUAAGAUGCCCGAGAAAUGAGCAGCUCAGAGACUCGUCUCCGAGGAUUCGUUUACAGCCCAGGGUAACAGGGUGGGGGUCUC